ACACAAAAUGUCAAUUGUCAAUUGAAUGCUCAACAGCUCAACUCACUUAACUAGUUAACUCCUAACUGCUAAAAUGUAACAUUUCGAAGAACUGAAUAACAACAAAGAAUGUUGAAGUAAGUGUUACCUGAAAAUUAUGUACUGUCUUCAGUGGCUCAUUCCUGUCCUAUUGAUGCCGAAACCUUCAAAUCCUGCUCUUGUACAAACUCAUGUUAUGUUCAUGGUGCUGUACCUUAUUGGAUUUUUCUUGGAGAGAAAGCCAUGUACUAUAUGCAGUUUGGUAUUUCUAGUUACUGUCUUCCUCAUUUGCUAUAGUGGACUUGGCAAUUGUCUAAUAUGGGAUUCACAAUGCAACAGUGAAAAUGGAUAACAGGGUUUUGAUGUAACCAAUCCUAGUCUGGAAAAUAGCCUUAAGAUGAUUGAAUUAUUUCCAUUCCUCACACUAUGAAAGUCUUGUUAAUUGCCGGUUGUUAGAAGGAACAGAUUAUUGAUAACUAUUCAAAUGUGAAUAUUUUUGUAUGGUUUACUUCAAUUGAGUGUUUUAAAUGUAGGUACAUGUGGUUGAAAGUACAUUAUUUUCAAGCCAAAGAACUAUCUGUUGUGAAUUUGUAAUUCAUUUAUAUGAAUGAGAAUUUUAUUGAUAAAUACUAUGAGGACCUGUUAUCAAAUAGCCAUGUUUUGUUGAUUUAUCAGCUUAGCGACUAUUUCCAUCCAUUUAAUAACAUAACUCCAAAAAGUGCUUCUUUUUCACAAUUUUUGCAGAUUUUUAUUCUAGUUGUAAAUAUAUUCUUUAAAAGUGAA